AUGUCCGUCCUUGCCACUGCCGGUGGUACCUUUUUGUUUUAUCCGGCCAUUCUGGCGCUGUAUCACAAAGCCAUUGACCAUACCACAACGACUCUGCAGCAACCCGAUGACAGACAAAACCCACAAGAAAACACCAACGUCCUAUUAUCUCUGGUCAUUCCGGCAUACAAUGAACAAGAUCGGAUAACCGUCAUGCUCGACGAAUGCUACGAAUACUUUGGCAAACAACCCAAGUGCAAGGCGAUACAGACUCUCCUCCAAGCCUAUCAGCAGCAACAUCACGGGGGCAAAAAGAAGAGCCCACCCUCCAUUUUGGUCGAAUGGAUCGUCGUCAAUGAUGGCUCCAAUGACAACACUUGUCAAGUCGUUCAAGGAUACGUAGACAAAUUAGAAGACGACCAGCAGCCCUUUCUGUGGAAACUAGUCACGCUGCCCGUCAAUGAAGGCAAGGGCGCUGCCGUGCAGGUGGGCAUGACGGAAGCCACUGGAUUUUACCGUCUCAUGGUCGAUGCCGAUGGCGCCACCACAUUUGAGCAAGGUUUGGAAGCGGUUUCCAAAGCCAUGCUGGAAAGUAUUACCGAUCCCUCCAAAGAAGAAAAUGCAUCGCCCACCAUUAUCUUUGGAAGUCGAGCCGGCGAUGACGUCCAACGCACGGCGCUACGAGCAUUCCUCAUGCAUUCCUUCCUCUGGUUGCGAUCGUGUGUGGUGGGGACACCAUUGACUCUGCGAGACACGCAAUGUGGAUUUAAACUAUUCGACAAAUAUUCCGCCAUGCAACUCUUUUCCAAUCUGCACUUGCGUCGAUGGGCCUUUGAUAUUGAAUUGGUUUACGUCGCUCUUUGUAUGGGCAUGGCCAUUCAGGAAGUCACCGUGCCGUGGCAUGAAGUCGAUGGAUCCAAAUUGAAUACUGGAUUUUUGGCUCUCUUGAUGGUGUCCAUAGGGAUGCUACGAGAUAUGAUGUGUGUGCGAGCCUGUUAUGUACUGGGUAUUUGGACCAUUCAAGCAGUUGCCACGGGAAAACUAUAG